AGGGUCUGCCAUUUUUAGGCUUAAGGUUGAAAGUUAUAGAGAUCUUAGAGCUACGUAUGUUCCUAUUACGCAGGAGGGACAAAUUGAUGUUUUUGGUCUUUGGAUGAGCUAGCACAGUAAAAGUAAUGGAACAUUUUUAGACACUCCCGUUUGCGGGACUCAAAGUUUUGGUAUUGUUAAGGUAACGAAAUCAAUCUUUAACAAAAAGCUUCUAUAUGUCUUACCAUCAAAACCUGAUAAAUAAUAAUAAACCUAUAAUUGAAGUGCCAAUGCAGUGUCGUUACAGUAUAAGUAAUUCAAUCGGUUAGGGAAUACCCCAUAUACAAACGUAUUCCUUUUACGAUAUUUCUUUUUGACAACCUUAAACUAUCGUUAACGAGUUUUAGAUAAUCGAUUUUAUUUAAGAUGUUGGGAGAUAGUUUUAAAUGUAAACAUAAUAUUUUGAAAUGCAUCACAAAUGUGCCACAACAAGUUUUAAUGAUGUUUUGGGUAACAGGCACAUGAUGUGCGCACCAAACGACGAAAAUGCAUCUUCGCCUGACGAUGGUAAUCAUAGAUAUCAGUCUCCUUCUAAUCAGGAGCAGUACAUAAGUCUUGCCUGUGAUCCAAAGCAUAAUCUAAUAAGGAUUCACCCACCGCCGAUAACAAAACCACCGCCUCUCUCGGGUGCGAUUCUGGAAUCUCGUCUUCUACGGCAAAUAAAAUCUGGUGCGAAUGUAGCAGAUGAAGAUGCAUUAGAUAGGCACAGAUACUCAAAUGCGCUACAGCGGUCGGCCACUUUACCUGCAAAGCACAGCCGAUUAGGGGUUCGCAGUCGUGUGACAUUUAAGGUGCCAUCGUCCACAACUCCUGCUCCGGAUUUGGAUCGGGAGCCACGACAAGCUCAGGAAGCUGCCGCCGAAAAGGCCAGAACCGUGGUAGGUUUUAAGGAGACCGAAUCCUGCAAAAUGACUUCUGAAGAUCUGCUGCAACCGGGUCAUGUUGUAAAGGAGCGUUGGAAGGUGGUGCGAAAAAUCGGUGGAGGCGGUUUUGGAGAAAUUUAUGAGGGACAAGACCUAAUAACACGUGAACAGGUCGCACUUAAAGUAGAAUCCGCCCGCCAGCCGAAGCAAGUGCUUAAAAUGGAAGUCGCUGUUCUUAAAAAACUACAGGGGAAGGAGCACGUAUGUCGAUUCAUAGGAUGCGGACGAAAUGACCGAUUUAACUAUGUGGUGAUGCAGCUUCAAGGAAAGAAUUUAGCUGAGCUCCGACGCGCUCAACCGCGUGGGGCCUUUUCGCUUAGCACAACACUUAGGUUAGGGUUACAAAUUCUAAAAGCCAUCGAAUCUAUACAUUCUGUGGGAUUUCUUCAUCGUGAUAUAAAACCGAGUAACUUUUCCGUGGGUCGCUUACCUUAUAAUUGUCGACGCGUCUAUAUGCUAGACUUCGGAUUGGCGCGUCAGUAUACCACUGGUACUGGUGAAGUCCGGUGUCCAAGAGCAGCAGCUGGGUUUCGAGGCACUGUUCGCUAUGCAUCUAUAAAUGCACAUCGCAAUAGGGAAAUGGGGCGUCAUGAUGAUCUGUGGUCUCUGUUCUAUAUGCUCGUCGAAUUCGUAAAUGGCCAACUCCCAUGGCGUAAAAUAAAAGACAAAGAACAAGUAGGUUUAACUAAGGAAAAGUACGAUCACAGGAUACUGUUAAAGCAUUUGCCGUCAGAUCUAAAACAAUUUUUGGAGCACAUUCAAUCCCUUACCUAUGCAGACCGACCGGACUAUGCUAUGCUUAUCGGUUUAUUUGAAAGAUGUAUGAAAAGGCGUGGCGUCAAAGAGUCUGAUCCAUACGACUGGGAAAAAGCUGAUUCUACAGCUAUUGGCAAUAUAAGUACAACAACCGGCAACCCAUUAAUGCCUGUUAAAAACGAGUACAUGCACGGGAAUACAACACAAAUGACUGUAGCAGCGUCUAACGCAAGCGGCACUGAUUACGUGCGAAAGCGUGUUGAUAUCGAAACCGCUCAUAUUACAGCGACUGAGCCCUUACAUAUAAAGGAAAAAGUACGUGCCUCAAAUGUCGAUAGAAACUGCAAUGCAACGUCACUAGCACCUCAACAGAAAGGAUCUGGCGAAGCCAAUGUUCAACAUUGCAAUACGAGAUGCAAUCAAAAUAUAUCACCAAAGGGGUUGCUCCAGCAGCAGGCUGCGUUUGCCACAAACUCCCAAAUGGCAAUAGCAAACAUAGAGAGUUCACCAAACAAAUCACCCUUGGCAAGUAUAGGAAAUAAUGAAGUACAGCUAAUGGUACCCCAAUCAGAAAUUCAUACAAAAAACUCCCAACCCAAAAGCGGUACUGGGUUUCCCACAACAAAUCAAAACAAUUCUGCACCGGUGUACGGAAACACUUAUCAACUAGUGCAAGAUAAAACACCAACAAUGUUGUUUACAACAAAACCUAACCCAGAUUUUGAAAGUAUAGUAGAUAAUGAUGUUAAGAAUACAUUUGAUCAGAAUAAUGUGGACACACAUGCUGCUGGUAUUGGUAGUAAAUCGCCCGUGUGUGUUGUCGAACAGCAACAAAGGUUCCAAAUGAAAAUACUAAAUUCUCAAGAGUCUGCCAAUAAGGAAAUCCAAAAACGUGAGCCAGUUACAAAAGAAAAGAGCCCGGAAGUCAGAUGGUCAUCGGAAGAUCAAAAAUCAACUUUUGGACGUAUUCGUGUGCUUACAGCACCUCCUACGAGUGUCCAUGAUUUAACAGCGACUGGAGGCCAUGGUCAACAAGGGUCGGAUUUAUCAGAGAAACCAGAUCGAUAUACUACCAACACUAAUGCUGGUAUCGCCGCGGAAAACGGCUCGGCCGCAAAAUUUACUAUUAACCAGCAUGGUCAAAUUUUCGGAAUGUCUGUAAUGCCGACAGUCAACCGACGUUCGGCUACAUCAACUAAUUUACGACCAUCUUCAUCGGUAACAAAUGCCAAUUCAACCCAAAAGAUCACUACGGGGUCAACAGGCACUGGCACUGGAAACAACACUGCUAGAAGCAGCGUUGCGGGGGAUCAUUCAGUCACUCAAUUUGCUUUAAUAGACGACGACAACGUCUCAGCAUUACAACAGGUAACUAAAGGCGGAGCUCUAACCCUGGCAUCCCAAUGGAAAAGUCAGUUUGAUGACUCUGAGGACACUACCGAUAAUGAAUGGAACAGAGAGCCACAGUCGCAACCCAAUUUGGAGCAAUUGAUUAAACUGGAUAUUUCAUUACCCUUAACUGAAGCCAAACCAUUUUCCAAGAAAUUCGUUGCUGAUACAGGCAAAUCAGUUAAUACAUUAAUCGAGAGAAAGAACAGACCGAAAAGAUACACACUGAACAUAACUGGAAUCGAACACUAUGAAGCCUUAAGAAUCUCCAUACCGCACUGCUGGUCAGAACCUGCAAUGGGUAAUGUAUUACGAAAAGACUUGGAACCCCCGGCUGUGCAGCAAGCUGCAUUUGAUAACACAGUGUAUCGAAUGGAUAUAGCAAGAAAUGUUUGUGUGCGAGAAACAUAUUCGGAAACUACUUCUUUGGCCAAAGCUAAGCCUACCACUUCCUCGGUUUCAAGGAGUGUCCUACCUUAUUCCCUUAAAGAUGGCAAAGUUUUUGUUUUGAAUAAUUCAAAUGAUAAUCAAGACAGAUCAAAACAUCGAAACAGCCUUCCUAAUGUUUCAUUGACCGAUAUUUUUGACGACCAACCGGUCAUGUUACAUUCUGACGUUGAGUUAAUAGAAGACGGCGAUAAACCAUGGAGACUACAGACAGCGGGUUGCCAAAACAGUAAUUUGGCUUUGAGCUCGGCGAUCCCAGAGAACAGCGGUUGUGUUAGUGGACGAUUAGAAAUUCGUGUUAUUCCAAAUGAAACUUCUCAUUUGGAUGAUUCUGUUUACUAUGAUGCAUUGGCAGCUGUUAAAAAUACUCCAACUGCUGUUAAAUCCCAUGACCUCCCUGAUAAAGCCCUUAUUUACUGCGAUGAAAUAGAAGCCAAAGCUGGACAGAUAGCCUCUCCCACAAACACAAUAAAUAAUUUAACGACUUCCAUUCAAAAACACACAACCGAAGAGCGCAUUAAAGCUAAGUGUUGUAGCUUAAAUAUUAGUCGCGUCAAUAAAAUAGACUUGAAUGGAAGUAGUGAAAUAGGCAAUGCAAUUAUUGAUGAAACCAAAAACAAUGAAGGUGAUUCUAAAACUUCAUUAAAAAAAAGUUGCUCUGAUGGUAACAGACAUCCAGAAUGUGAACAUCCACUAUUGAAUCCUAGCAAAAUACCAGUUCGCCAAUCAAAAUGUGCAUCAUGGGCGGGUGCUGAUUUUGUAAUCGCAUCUAAGACAAAUGAUUUUUUAGAAUCCCAAUCGGAAAUCCCUAACAAUCCACAAAAUUCCACAACGGAUUUUAUAUCUGAUAACAAAAACACAUACUCCGUUGCUUUAGAUUAUUCUCCUAAUAUCACGGAUCUUACGCCAGGCUUACGUCGUCGGAGAGAAUCAACCGAAGGAAAAUAUGUCACAGACCCUGGGCAAUCACAGUUAAAAUUUCAAAGGCCCCGAUCACGAACAUCUAGCAGGACCCGUGGCAUUCCCAAUUCAAUUUUAGGAAGUUUUGAUGACAGCGAGAUUAUGAGCGCGGAAAAAACUAAAUAUAAUAGGGCCCACGUUUUUCAAAACGAAGAAUCAAAGAAAGCACCCAUGAACGAAUAUUUCACUGAGCUACAACCUCAAUGCAACAUUUCUCCACCACCGGGGGAUCCUAAAAUUGAAAAUAGCGCGCGACUGCGUCGUUAUAGACAUAAUUAAGAAUAAUUAAAAAACUUCAAGCUUACAGGUUUAAUUUUGCGCUGCAGUCAUAAUUAUCCAGUCAAUAAUGAUGUCUUUAGACUAAAAACUAAAAAGUGUAAUACUAUUUUAUAUACAGCUGUUUGACAAACAAAUGCAUAAACAAUUCUUUAUUGAUAACCAACAUAUACGUAUCCAAAAAUUAUAAAUAGAACACUUA